GGGCACAUGAUACAUCCGAUCGGCGGCCAUUGAUGCGGCAUCUCCAGGACGUUUUCUUGUAGUGAAAUUACCUUUAUAGGUUGUUUCUUAGUGUAAGAUCAACCCUCUGCAUUACCAGACUGUGAGAAAUCACAAUGCCGUCGGAGUUGGAAAGCUGGAACCACAGCAAGGUUAUCCAGGUGUCUAACCUGGCUAUGACCUGUACAAAAGAACAAAUCAGGACAUUGUUUGGUUACCUCGGAAGGAUUGACGAAGUUAAGAUGUAUCCAGCAGAGGACAGCCCCAUUCCAGCAACAUCUAAGGUAUUUUAUGUAAAGUUUGAUGAUCCAGUGACUACUGGAGUAGCCUGCCACCUCACCAACACUGUCUUCAUUGACAGAGCUCUUGUUAUUGUCCCAGUAUUAGAUGGUAAGAUUCCUGAUGAGCAAACUGCCCUGCAGAUCUCUGCCCCAGGGGCCUCUCAGCCAGGUCAGCCUGUGAUGGGCACACCCAACUGGCCACAAGAUAUUGUGAACCAGACAACGGGCAUGGGGUUAAACCAGGUGCAUACCACCUAUGACCCCAAGUUGUCAGCCAUGGGUCUGCCCCAGUACCCCCCUCUCUCUGGCACCCUGGACCCCCACAAGGUAGAGGAGAUACGCAGGACUAUUUAUAUCACAAACCUAGAUACCACAGUGACAUCAGAGAUGCUAUUGACAUUCUUCAGCCAGAUAGGGGAGGUGAAGUAUGUGCGUAUGGCUGGAGACGAGGCACAGCUUACCAAGUGUGCUUUUGUGGAGUUCUCAGAAAUGAGCUCUGUGGCCACUGCCUUAACAUACAAUGGUGUGGCUUUUGUAGGGAAACCACUCAAAAUUGGACAUGCUAAUAAUGCUAUUGUGAAACCAGGUGCAUCAGCUAUGAUGCCCUCAAGAGAAAUGGAGGAAGCAAUGAAGAAAGUGAAAGAAGCUCAGUCUCUCAUCACCUCAGCUGUUGAAACGGAUCUUGGUAAGCGCAGCAGGUCACGUUCUCGCUCAAGAAGGAGACGCUCCCGUUCAAGAUCUCGUAGAAAGUCCCGAUCCAGGUCAAAGGGAAGGUCAAGAAGGUCUAGGUCUCGAACCAGAAGAUCUAGUUCAAGAACUAGAAGAAGAACUCGGUCACCAAGAAGGAGAAGAUCACGCUCCAGACAUAGGUCCAGGUCGAGAUCAAAAGACAGGAAAAGAAGAGAAGAUAAAGAUAGGAAAAGGGACAGGUCCCGUACAAGAAGAAGCCGUCGCUCUAGGAGUGGUAGCAGGAAAGAGCCACCACCAGUCACUGACAUGCGAGAGCGCAGACGCAGCAGAUCUCGCUCAAGACAUCGUCGUCGCUCACGCUCGCCUGCCAAAAAGUCAUCAAGGAGUCCUUCUCCCCCAAAGAUAGAGAGAAUUAGAUCCUUGUCACCUAAGAGAAAAGGCAGCUCCAGAUCUCCCUCUCCACUCAAAAAAUCCAAGUCUAGGCGUUCCAAAUCCAGAAGUCGAUCUCCCAAAAAAUCAUCUUCAUCUAGGCACAAGAAGGAAAAGAGGAGAGAUAGGGAUCGUGAUAGUAGGGAGCGUGAAGGCAAGAGUAAGAAGAAGAAAGACAAGGAUAGGGACAGGGACAGAGACAGGGAUCGUGAACAUGGUGAGGACAGGAAGAGUAGCGAACAGAAGGAGGUCAAAAUCAAACGCGACUAUGACGAGGAGGAGAAGGGCUACGACAGUGAUAAAAGCGAGGACCGUAAGGAGGCCCAACCCGAGGAAAGUAAACCACCAGAGGCUGAGGCAGAGAGCGCCAGCAGUAGCAGUGAAGAUGAAGAGAGGGAAAAGUCCAAACCAGCUCCAACAGAUGACUUGCAAGAGAUGGACAUGGAUGUUGACAGCGACUGAAAUGUCAGUUGUAAAGAAUUGGGAAAGUCUAGAUGGAUAUGAAAUGUCGCAAUCAUUUGUUGGCAAGAGUUACGCAAACAAGAGGCAUGUCUCUCAUUUCCCGGAUUGACUUCCCUUUGAAAGUCUGCUCUUCUUAGGAAUCAUGCAAAGUUUUACUACGUGCAGGUAGUUGUCUGC